CUUCCGUCUAAUAUGGCGGCAAUGUAAAAAACUUAUAUUCGACAAUCAAAAUAGAUUUUUUAAAACAAAGAAAUAUUUUAACGUUUAAAUUUGACCUCAAGACAAGAAUAAUUUCAAUAAUUUUUAAUAAGUGUCCAGAUCUACGUUUACAUGUACAUUUGAAGACUUACCGACUUAGAGAAUUCAUACAGAAGGCAAGUUUGAAGCUACGGUGAACUGGUGUUACCUUUGUUUCCCCUCCGUAUUGUUGCCCUAAUGCACUGGAAACAUGCCGAAAGAACUUUCUCGAACUAGUGAGCGGAAAGCAAAUGAAGAAGAACUCUUCAGCCGGUGAAAGCGGAGAUAGUCCAUCCAUAAAAUCUGGCGUCGCGCCACUUUGCCGUAAAGCAGCAGACGGCCGCAAGAUCAUUUCCGGGAACUCCUCGCUCUUCGAUCCACGGAGUAGUGACCGACCCAAAUUUCUCUACAGACAUAGUGACAACGCCAACAAGAAUGCUCAUAGCGAGGACACGGAGGAAGAUUCACUGGAGACUGAGCUCGGGGACGUGUUUGACCUUGCCUCCGUCAGCAGGGUGUUGGACAAAUUCUUUUUCCUUUGGCAUACGUCAAUGAUGAUGGCUUGCCUCGCCUUGGUCAUAGUGGGAGUCGUACUUCGGUUUCAUUUCACCUCCAUCGUGCUCAGCAGCGUCAAAAAGAAUGUCUACUAUCACGAGUAUGAGAAGUUUGUGGCUUUUAGGUCGGCGCCCAAAGAGUUAAACUUUGGCAACCUCACGCAGACUCUUGGCAACGCAUUGAUGAUACUGAACGCUCUUCACAUUUUGUGUAUAAUGAUGUACAUGAGUUUCCAGAUUCACAGGAACCAUUUCACGCUGCCCGUGGUCUGUUUCUUGUCCGGCAUCGUGGUCAUCCUGGAGAUCAACACGACCCACGUCUACAUGAGCACAAACUCCGCCCCCAUCAAGAAAGCCAUGAAGGAACUGACCAAUAAGAUCAACAGCUCCUACGCGGUGGAGGACAGCAACGUCAUCUCCGUCACGCAUGACAUCUUCGCCAUAUGGGGUCAUUGCUGCGGCGUUCAAGAGUUGUAUGACUUUCAGGACAUGUCCCUCAGCUUCUCGGCUAAAAGGGACAAGGAGAGGUCUCCUAUAGCGUACCCACCAACAUGUUGCAACGAGACCAAGUACAAACAGUACAGCGAGGCUGCAGAUAAGAGUCUCGGGUUCGACACCACGAUCAAGCAGUGUGCCAUGCUGGGCGACGGAGUGUACGGGGAAGGCUGUUUCCUCAUGCUGUUCAAUUGGCUGAACAUGUUCUGUGUCCUCUACUCCUCCGUCAUCAUGGGGCAGCUGUUCGACAUCUUCAUCCACCUGGCAUUGUACAACAAGAUGGUGCUCAUGUUUGCGGAAGUUUUUGAGAGCAGACGAUAACCAGAGCGAGGCUGGCAGCCACAAUCCUCGCACAGAACUGCAACAGACGAAGAUGAGAACGAGGCUGGUGGCCACAAUCCUCGCAUAGAACUGCAACAGACGAAGAUGACAACGAGGCUUAUAUCUGCAUCAGACGAAGAUGAAAACGAGGCUUAUAUCUGCAUCAGACGAAGACGAAAACGAGGCUUUUAGCUACAGUCAGCAGCCAUCUUGCCAUGCACAAGAAGCUGCUUAUAUUUGCGGAACUCCCCGAGAGCUUCAACCAUUUUCGCAAAGAUCUGCAACAAACGAAGAUAAAAAAAGAGGCUGUUAGCUACAUCUGUGGUACAAGAUAAAUAAAUACCAAAUCUCUCUCUCUCUCUCUAUUUAAUUAUUUAAAAAAAUCUACAGACUCGAAUAUUUCCAUUUUCCAGACCCUAGAAAAUAAACAUAUUGGAGAAAGCUGUCGAACGUUUGUCAGUUGGGUUAAUAUCUAAAGUUUUAUUUCGAAUCUAUUUGUAAUUUCGAUAUUCGUAGAUUGUCGUAUCAAUUACUCAUACGAGUUUGGGCAUCUAUAAAUGUACUAUUGUUACGAUCUUCUCUAUCAGGCCUUCUGCAAACACUGCUACACACGACACAGCACAUCUAACACAAGAACUUGACAACAAGAGCUUCAAUAAACAAUGUGGCGGUUUAAUGACAAAUACAUGAAACGCCAAUACAACACAAUUGGCUACAUCUAAUUCAAAUGCUUUAACACCAUAGAACUGCCAACUAAACACUGUAAGUCUUUCUCUGUCUACUUCUGGACUCGUACUGCUACAUUUUCAAGGACUUCAAGGUACCAUGACACAGUCCUUACGCCAUGCUGUCCUGUCUCUCGACUGUGAAGGGUUUCGGUCACAUGACCAUAAUACUGGUCAUAUUUGCGUGUACUAGCAGUAAUGUCCCUUGACCCUUGUUCAACAGCCGUUGACCCGUUGACAUGUGUGAUUGGCCUGAGUAGUGUGUAUCAGUAGGCCGCACAUACAUUAACCCUUUCGGUCCGCCACAUGAGUUACUACAAUAUUCAUAUAAGUUCUCAUUAAUCACACUCAAUUUUUGUAAUGCUUCAGUAUGUAUAGUGAGAGAAAUAUCUUCAUAAUAAAUUCAUAUUUUUUAUUGUAACC